AAAGUUGAAAAAGUUUUUUAUACAACAAAAAGACAAUACACAGUGUUACAGAAGAGACGUUAAAAAGUGAUAUCCAAGAGACAAUUUACAGUGACACAAAAACAACCACAACACGGAGAAUUUUGGAGCCAGCAGUAGGACGGACACACGCAGCACAACAACAACAAACAAGGUACAACAUCGAGACCCGGAAAAAACCCAAAAUAUGGCCGCUUACUUGCCCAACCAGGACUGCCGUCUGGACGUUCGCAACCGUAGCCCAGACUCACCUGCCCGUCCCACAGCAAGAAGCGCCAAUCGACCCAUACGGCCAAUCCAUCGUCCCAGUUCCACAUCCCCUGAAAGGCGACAGAGAAGCAGAUCUGAUGUAAGACCCCGGCCACGUCAUGAGAGACCAAGUUAUUGGCAAUAUUCGUGUGGGCUCUGCCAAGAUGACCAUGCCCUCAGUGCCUGUGAACGGUUCCGCAGACAGACGCCCUUCCAGCGGUAUGAGACAGUGGAGCGUCGGGGGUAUUGCCGAAAUUGCCUGGCGAGAAGUCAUUUGGCCCCUUACUGCCCGUCUUUAACUGGUUGCCGGAGAUGCAACGACCGGCACCAUACACUUUUGCACGGGGCGUCUCAAUUGGACGAGGUAUCCCUCAACAUAGAAGCCGUCACCGCCCCAGCCUUCGCAUGGGAUUUGGUUUUUGUACCAACAGCGAUGGUACGCAUAACGACCGAGGGCAUGGAGGGUUUUAGUAUGCUGCGAGCCAUUAUUAGCCAAUCGGCGACGACGUCUAAGAUUUCGUAUGCCGCGUUCCGUCGCCUGGGUCUGCAGUCGCGAGAGUACAAAGGGGAGCGAUUCACCACCUUCACCGUUUCGCCCCGCCGCACAAACAGUACUUGGAGUCUGAAGGUAAAUGCAGUAAUUAUCGAAGAUCUCCCAAGACGCAUUUACUCGGACCCAAUACUAGAAGACCCCACGAGAUGCUUUACAAAUUACGCCCUUGCUGACCCUGAUCCCCGAGGAAAUAGUCCGAUCGAUGUGGAACUGGGAGCGGACACGUACUCCGCCAUAAGGAAAGAUGGGUGUACAGCAGCUGGAAUUGGAGAUGUCCUGGCCUACAACACACAACUGGGCUACGUGUUUGCUGGGCCAAUCAAGAACAUGCCGAGGAACUGAAAACCGAGGAUCCUUAUG